CGGGUUUUCCCCCCUGUCGUUUAAAAUUAAUGACGGGUAUGGAUGUCACCUUUAUUGUAAACGACAGUAAUUAAUUAAUCAUCCAAUUCUUUUAUUCGGUAGCAGAUUAACUGUAAUCUGGAUAUACCGAUAAUUGUAAUGUGUAAUCUUUAUAUUCAUCGGACCUGCCAUGCUAUACUCAUGCCAUAUCUACAUGAAGCAUAUUCCUCUGUUCACCUUGCCCCAGUCCAUUGUUCAAUACCUAUGACAUCAGUAUGGGGUAACAGGCUUACAAGAUUAUCGCACCCGGUCAUGUUCUUUAUUUGGGUGUCAACCUAAGAAUCAUUCACGUGGUCUAUCACAAGUGAACAUAUCCAUGCCAUUGAACAACUAAUGUUUACCUGAGGAAUUUAUGUCCCGCCUCUUUGUGUCAAUCUCUGUAUGACAUCCAUAAAAAGGCGAAUUUUCCCACAAAACAUCGUCAUCUGGAAUAAAUCCUUUGAUCAUCAGUACUUACUACCCAAGAAAAAUGUCUGCAAAUGAUGGAUCUCCCCCACCCUACACAGAAAAACCGAAAGGAAUUGACAACGUCGGAUUUGACAACAAAGAUGAAAAGCUGGAUAUGACCCCUGUAGAGAAGGAAGACCCAUGGGCGUUACCUGAACUCAAGGAUACUGGAACACCUUGGAACGAAUUGAGCGAUGGUCAAAAGGUGUUCCGAGUAGUUUGGACAAUCGUUCGAGUUCUACUGUUCCUUUCGAGUUUGUAUGUCUUCUUCUGCUCGCUGGAUUUCCUGAGUUCCGCCUUCAAACUUCUUGGAGGUAAAGCCGCCGGGGAGGUGUUCCGUAAUAACGAACUCCUUAGUAACCCCGUGUGUGGCGUCAUGAUCGGUGUCCUGGCCACAGUCCUGGUACAGAGCUCCUCCACUAGCACCUCAAUAGUCGUCAGCAUGGUGGCAGCCGACAUUUUGGACGUAAAGAGAGCAAUACCAAUUGUGAUGGGCGCUAACAUCGGAACAUCAGUAACCAACACAUUGGUGUCCAUUGGCCAGAUCACGAAUGUUUCGGACUUCAGGCGGGCCUUUGCCGGAGCCACUGUCCACGACAUGUUUAACUGGCUCGCUGUCAUUGUUCUUCUUCCCUUGGAAGUCGCUUCAGGUUAUCUGUUUGAGCUGAGUGGUAGAAUCGUAGGAAGCAUGCAUCUAAAAACAUACGAAGACGCCAAUAAAGACUUGCUCAAAGCCAUCACGAAACCAUUCACUAAACUGAUCGUUGAAGUUGAUUCCAAAAAGAUUAACAAAUUUGUUACUGACGACAAAAAUCACGACACCCUUUUGAAGAUAUGCUGCAAGUCUGAAACUUUAACCAAAUUGAACUCCACUGGUCAUGUGAUCAAGGAAAAAAUCUGCUUGAAGAAUUGUACACAUCUGUUUAUGAAUACUGACCUCUCAGACGCAGCGGCAGGAAGCAUUAUGCUGGUCGUUUCUCUCGUUCUCCUCUGUCUUUGCCUGUUUGGUAUUGUAAAGAUUCUGAAUUCUCUUCUGAAAGGAAAUAUCCGUAAAAUCAUCAAGAAAUUCGUUAACUAUGAAUUUCCUGGGAAAGCCUCUUACUUCACUGGAUACAUCGCCAUUUUGAUCGGCACCGGCCUUACCAUUCUGGUGCAGUCCAGUAGUAUUUUUACAUCCACUAUGACACCAUUGGUAGGAGUGGGUGUGAUUGGAUUAGAUAGAAUGUAUCCCUUGACCCUUGGCUCCAACAUCGGCACCACCACUACCGGGAUUUUGGCAGCUUUAGCGACAGAUACUUCCGAUGGAGUAGAACACCUGAGUAAUUCGCUUCAAAUAGCAAUAUGUCACUUGUUUUUUAAUUUGAGUGGCAUUCUCCUAUUUUAUCCACUGCCCUUUAUGCGAUUUCCGAUUUCCAUGGCCAAAUUCCUCGGCAAUACUACCGCCAAAUAUCGCUGGUUUGCCAUUAUGUACUUAAUUCUGAUGUUUUUCAUAUUUCCUCUGUCGGUAUUCGGAAUCUCCUUGGCCGGAAUCGAAGUUUUGGCGGGAGUAGGCAUACCAAUUAUUUGUUUAUUAAUCGUAAUUGGCAUCAUCAAAGUGUUACAGAAGAAAAAACCCAAAUUCCUUCCAAGGAAACUCCAGAAUUGGAAAUUUCUCCCAGAAUGCUUGCGGUCUCUUGCACCACUUGACAGACUUUUCAGCAAAAUGUGUGGUUGCUGUAAAAUGUGCAAAAACGAAGAUACCAGCACGGAUGUGGAGAAACAGAUUGACACCAAAUUGUAAUAUUAAGAUUUUUACCAUCCCUUUCAUAACGACUGAAUCGAUGCUUUUUCUGCACACUUAACAACAAAAUGGCAAAUAAGAUACUGAUAUAGUUUGAUUAAGACUAAAGAGUAGCAAAUAUUUAAGUAUGUGUUCAUCGCUAUUGAUCUGUUCAAAUCCAGAGAGAGAGAGAGAGAGAGAGAGAGAGAGAGAGAGAGAAUUUCAUUCAUAUGAAACAUCUUUGUUUUUUCAAUGAAACUGUGAUAAUAUUUUCAUAACAAGGAACAACAUGUUUUAUGCACCAUAUUGUUAUACCAUUUUAAAAUGUAUGUACUUAUGUACGAAAUAUUUUUACAUUAAAAUGACGUUGUUUUUUUUACCAUG